AUGCCUAGAAGCAAAGUGAAGCUUGCUUUCAUAAAGGACAACAAGGCAAGGAAAAACUCAUUCAUGAAAAGAAAGGAAUGGUUAAAGAACAAGUUGAAGGAGGUAUCAAUCUUAUGCAGCAUCGAGGCAUGUGUGAUCAUGUAUAGCUCAUACGAACCGGAGCUAGAGGUGUGGCCUGAAGACAACACUGCCUUUCCAAAUGUGUUGAAUGCGUUUCUAACGAAGUCACCCAUGGAGAGGAGAAAGUUUUUAUUGAAUCAAGAUAGCUACAUCAAGGAAAGGAACAACAAGAUUAAGUAG